CUGGGUUUGGGCCGUGGAGCGCUGGGGUGGUUGCGUGGAGCUGAGCGGACUGCGUUGACGGACGGACUGACUGGCCUGAUCCUAGCGUCGUCGAACCCGGCCGGUUUUGAGCCUCUCGCCCAUUGAUGUUUCUUCUCUCGCAGGAACUGCCCUUAACCUUACGACCUGGAGCCCGCCCGAUCUCGAACUUUAUCUGUCUCUCUCUCACGCCAGCAUCGCCAAUCCGCCCCAACCACCCGUCCGUCCCUACGAACACGUACGCACACCCGUAUACGCUCACUUUCUCGCCCGCCCGCGCUCCCGUCUUCGUACCAUUCCUCGAUCACAGUGCUUUUCUUCUUCGAAGCCCCGUCGUCUCCCACGCCUCUCGCCGCUGACGGAUCCCCGCGACGCCUUGCUCGCCUCGUUCUGAUCGUCCGCUUCCGUCUUCGUAUCCUGUGCGGUGUAUCCGCUCCGGCGCAGCGUGGGAACCGUAUCGCAAGGGCUGCUCUGGCUCUCGGCCGUGUGGUGGCUGCCAUGUCUUCUCCGCCUCUACGAUAGCUGCACCACCCAUCAUCAGACCGACGGUCCUGCACAGGAGGAGCCUGACACGACGGCAUCCGUCCAGCGGGACGAAAAGGGAGAAUAAGACGAAGGACAAGAAGCAGAAGAGCAGGAAAAGAGUGGCAUUUUGGGUUUGCUGCGACGGACUGAAGUGGCUUUCCGACGUCGCAAUCAGAGAUCGGGCAGCGAUUGAUAGCAGCGACACACCAAGAGGAGCUCCCACCGGCUUGUGAUGGUAGCAUCUGCUUCCUCUGGCGGCGGAGGCGCUGCAGCGGGAGGCAUGCACUCCAUGACGGCGACCUUGAACAUGCGCGCCCACAUGACCGGCCUAUCCAGCUCCGCGUCCUCGUCGCACACAUCGACUCACCACUCCAAGGCCAAGACAGGCGCGAGCGGCGUGCCCAUCUCCAACGCGCAGCCACCGCUCCUGGACGCCAACAACAAGACCAUCAUCCCGCUGUCGGCGCGGUUUGCCGAGCCGCUCGACCUGAGCACCGUCGAGCGUCGUGGACAGCCGACGCAGGUGCAGGACGUACCGAAAAAGGCACGACACCAUGGCCUCCAGGAGGCGCCCACCUUCCGCCCCACCGAGGAGGAGUUCAGAAACCCGAUGGAGUACAUCCGCAAGAUUGCCCCCCGCGCGCGCGAGUACGGCAUCUGCAAGAUCAUUCCCCCAGAUGGCUGGAAUCCAGACUUUGCCAUUGACACACAGAGAUUCCACUUUCGCACACGAAAACAGAAACUCAAUCUGGCUGAAGGAGGUGAGUCGCGGAACAUCAACCGGCGAUCCCAGAUCUCAUCGCUGACUGAUGUCGACGCUGCGCCAGACACGCGUGCCAAUCUCAACUACCUCGACCAGCUCUCCAAGUUCCACAUGGCACGCAACGGCACAAACCUCAAUCGCUUCCCCAGCGUCGACAAGCGGCCACUUGACCUGUACAAGCUCAAGAAGUUCGUCGAAGACAAGGGUGGCUUCGAUGCCGUCUGCCGUCAGAAGCGGUGGGCCGAAAUUGGCCGUGACCUGGGUUACAGUGGGAAGAUCAUGUCUUCGCUGUCGACCUCGUUGAAGAAUUCAUAUCAGAAGUGGCUGCAGCCAUACGAAGACUGGCUGCGAUAUAACAAGCCCAGCAUCCUGCAGCAGCAAGAGAUCGAGAACGGCGGGCCCUACACACCCAGCCCUGUCGCGACACCUGCCAAGUCGCAGCAGCACACGCCAAAUGUGGGCACCGCAUCGCCCACCGUCCGGGCAUCAAGUGCACUGAACGCCGCUCUGCAGGCUGCAGGUACGUCGGAUGCACACGCCUCCAAGCCGUCAAACAAUGCUGGCCAGGCUGCACCUCCAGCGUCUAGCGGCUUCACAGCCGUGAACACGGGAGGCUUCACCGCUGUCAACGCUCGGCCACCGCCGCAACCUACUCAGACCGUGCUCCCUUCUGCCAACCAAGGCUCCACAUUAACGGCCGCCAAUGGCCGCAAGACCGACACCGCCCAAUCGACACCCCAACGCUCAGAGAUGAGCCCCUUGACAUCCAUGGAAAACACCCCAGACGCCCCUCAUAUGUCGUCUUCCGCAAGCCUGAAAGGCGCAACUCCCUCCACUCCUGCGUUGAACCAGAUGCCCAAUCAGCGGUUGAUAAAUGCGCUGAAACGCAACCUCCCGUCGGAUCAGGACCACGACACGAAUGGAGAUGGCUCCUCCCCCGCUGGCGGACGAAGCAAGCGCGCUCGCACAGAUUCGGUCCCCGUCGUCGCCGGUUCCAGCAUGGUGCAGCCGCGGCUGCCAGCACCACGAUUGCAGCUCCCACGUGAUCGGUCCAAGGAGAAGCCUGGUGACCUGUGCGAAGAAUGUGGGCGCGGUGACGACGAGACGGCGAUCCUGAUCUGCGAUAACUGCGACAGCGGCUACCAUAGGUACUGCCUGCGACCGCCGCUCAAAUCGAUCCCGGAGCAAGACUGGUACUGUCCGCGAUGCUUGUUCGGACGGGGCGAAUAUGGCUUCGAGGAGGGCGCCAUCUACUCCUUGCGCCAGUUCCAGGAGCGUGCAAGGGAGUUUAAGGAGAAGCACUUUCACAACAAGGUUCAGCCAGACCCCGUUACGGGCAAACGGCAACCGACCGAGGACGAGGUUGAACGCGAAUUCUGGCGGCUGACCGAGAGCCUUACAGAGACGGUCGAGGUCGAAUACGGCGCGGACAUCCACUCGACCACACAUGGCUCUGCGUUCCCGACGCUCGAACUGCAUCCCACCAAUCCGUAUUCCAUCGACCCCUGGAACCUGAACGUGCUGCCGCUCGACAAGGAUUCGCUGUUCCGACACAUCAAGACGGAUAUCUCGGGUAUGACAGUGCCCUGGCUGUACGUCGGCAUGUGCUUCUCGACGUUCUGCUGGCACAGCGAAGAUCACUACGCCUACUCGAUCAACUACCAGCAUUUUGGCGACACCAAGACUUGGUACGGCAUUCCCGGCUCGGACGCGGAGAAGUUUGAGAAUGCGAUGCGCGAGAAGAUGCCCGAGAUGUUCGAGCAACAGCCGGACUUGCUCUUCCAGCUCGUCACUCUGCUACAGCCGGAGAAGCUGCAGAAGGCCGGUGUUCGUGUGUACGCGCUCGACCAGCGCGCCGGCCAGUUUGUCAUCACCUUCCCACAGGCUUACCAUGCCGGCUUCAACCACGGCUUCAACUUCAACGAGGCCGUGAACUUUGCUCCAGCCGACUGGGAACCCUUCGGCGCCGCGUCCAUCAUACGACUACAGGACUACAGGAGACAGCCUGUCUUCUGCCACGAGGAGUUGCUCAUGUCGGCUGCGGCACGCGAUCACUCGAUAAAAACGGCUAAAUGGUUGGGUCCCGCGCUUCAGCGGAUGCUGGAUCGUGAACUGAAGAUACGUGAGGAUUUUGCUAUUGAAUACACUAAAGCAAGGCCGAUGUUGGCUUCCGACAAUGGCGCCGACGAUGACUCAGUCAUCGGUAAGGACUCUGAGUUUCCCUUCGACAAGGAUGAGAAGGACUAUGUCGACGACGACAUCGUGUGUACGUACUGCAAGGCGUAUUGCUACCUCUCACGCUUUGUGUGCAAGAAGACGAAGCGCGUUGUCUGCCUGAUGCACGCGGGGAAGUUCGAGUGCUGCGAAGGCACGACCACCGAGGAUCGCACUAGCAUGAAAGAUGGGGAUCAUCACGUGCAGCUGCGGCUGACCGACGAGGAGCUCACCGCGACCGUUCAAAAGGUCGUGGACGUGUCCAGGACUCCGGAGAUAUGGAAUGAGAAGCUGGAGCGGGUGCUCGAGGACGGGCCCCGCGCCCAGCUCAAGGCGCUUCGCUCGCUGCUUGCCGAGGGAGACCGAAUUAACCAACACUGGGAUCUGCCGCAGCUACCGGAGCUUCGCAAGUACGUCGAGCGUUGUAACGAGUGGGUCGAGGAGGCAACAAAUUACAUCACGCGCAAGCAGCAGAAUCGCCGGAAGAACGAGCGUGUAUGGCGCAAAAGCUUGACACGCAACGCCGAGGCUGAUGAACGGGAAAAGGAGCUGCGAAGCGUGGACAAGAUAAAGAAGCUGCUUGAGCAGGCUGAAGACCUGGCGUUUGACUGCCCAGAGCUGGAGACGCUGCAGGAUCGCGCCGACAAGAUCGAGGACUUCCGCCGACGUGCCGCCGCCGCCUUCAGGAGAGACAACAUCACCACGGCGGAACUGGAGCUGCUAAUUGAGGAAAGCAGAACAUUUGGCGUCGAUAUGCCUGAGAUCGAGACGCUGGAAACGCGCGCGAGGCGGACCAAAUGGUACGAACGAGCCAACGAGGCGUAUGAGAAGUUCACAAAAGGCACGCCAUUAACGCUGCAAGAGGUCGAGGACUUUAUCAAGGAAGGCCGUGAUGUCGGCUUGCCUGACCACGACGAGCACCUGCAAUACUUCGUCUUGCAACAGGAGCAGGGCACAUUCUGGGAGCAAAAGGUCAAAGAGCUCAUCGCUGCCGAGCCGAUCAACUACGCCCAGCUCGAUACGCUUUCCCGUCAGGCGACCAUAAUACCCGUGUCCAAGGAGACGUUGGCUCAGGUUGACGCCAUUCUUGCCAAGCAACGCGAGGCCCAGGAGAAGAUCAACAGCCUCUACCAACGCUGCAAGGAUCCAGAGUUCCGCAACCGGCCCAAGUACCAGGAGGUGCGUGAGGCCAUGGAGUCGCUCGCCGAGCUCAAUAACAAGCCUCCGGGAACCAUGGACCUUGAAAAAGAACAGAAGCGCCACGAGGACUGGAUGCGACGUGGCAAAAAGCUGUUCGGCAAGGCGAAUGCGCCACUGCACAUUCUUCUGCAGCACAUGAAGCUCGUCGAGGAGCGCAAUGAGCACUGUCUAGAUCUGAAUGAUGAGCCGCGUCUGCCUGUCGAGCCUUCUUCGCGCGCAAAUUCGCCGUCUGGGGAUGAAGAUGGAACGAUGACAGGGACGAGCCGCGAGGUGUUCUGCAUUUGCCGUAAGCCGGAAGCUGGCAUGAUGAUUGAAUGUGAGAUGUGUCACGAAUGGUACCACGGCAAGUGUUUGAAGAUCGCGCGUGGCAAGGUUAAGGAAGACGACAAGUACACUUGCCCCAUCUGCGAUCACCGCGUUAAGAUACCUCGUGACGCCGCUCGCCCGAAGCUGGAGGACCUGCAGGCGUGGCAAGACGAGAUCGAGACUCUGCCUUUUCAGCCAGAGGAGGAAGAGACGCUGGAGAACAUCAUCGACAAGGCUGCAGAGUUCCGCGCUAAGCUUGUCAGUAUCAUCAACCCGAUCAUGUCGACGCCAGACGAUUUGCCUGUGCAACGCUUCUACUUGCGCAAGAUCGAGGGCGCCGAUGUCCUUCUCGCGGAUGAGACCAACUUCCUGCGUCAGGAACUGCACAAGUGGGCUCCUGUCGCACCGGAGCCUCCACCACUUAUCAGUGUGUCAUUGUCUACGCGCAAGCCACGCCCGACGAAGCAGCAGAAGCUCAUGGCGCAACUGGGAAUCACGAACCCGGAUGAUCUACCGCCGCAUCUCAGACCCAAACAGCCCGGCACCAAGAAGAAAGAGAAGCCGGAGAUCAAGAAAGAAGGCGACGCGACCGCCGGCUCCAGCGGUGUUCAGACGUCGCACACCCCUCCCGGUCUGCCACAUGGCCACUCUGAAAACACACCGACGUUCGUAUCUGGUCAAGUUGUCGCAGCCACGACUGCUUCCGGGGCGCUGAGACACCAGACUCCAGGGCACCCGACGUUCACAUACGAUGCCAUGGCCGCUUCAGUCAACACGACGUCGUACGGUGACCUCAACUCUCCGAUGUUCGCUACCGCCUCGUCCGCUGGCUCACAUACCCUCUCGCGUCCGGCCCUUGCAUCGCCCCCACCUCAGCACACAACCUCCACCACGUUCGACCCUACGCUAGACAACAUGUUUGGCCGGCCUAGCUCAAGCGGAAACGACAACAAAUCGCAUGUCGAACAUGACGGCGCAGGCUUCGAUCUUGCCAGCCCCAAGCAAGACCGCAGUGACCCGGUCGAUCUGUUUGGCAGUCUGGUCAACGAGCCCGACGACAGCGGCAAUAGAAGCCCCUUCGGAGGCGCUUUUGGUGGAGGUGACCAAGACGAGGCGCUUGGCAAAGGGGCUUUUGAAGAAGGUCUCGAUGGAGCGGGUUUUGACUCGUGAUCGUAUCUCCUUCUAGCCCCCAUCACUCAUCCAGACACAACUCUCGCGUCCGUCUUUUUUAAUCCUCGAGGCGGGCGAGACUUUUCUGUCUAGCUCUCUCCUCGGAAUGCUUGAUGUUUGCGACUGUGCCAAUGGAACGGCAUGUAAUACCAUGUAUUCUUCUCUACUCUCCCUUGCAUCAAACACUUCUUAUUGUGCAUGCAUGCAUUGCGAUGCGCGUCUUGGCGACUUGGGGAACAAUUUUGUUUUAUUAUUCAAUGUCAAAUGGACAUCCCACCUUCAUAUCAGUCUCUAGGCAUGCGAAACGUGCCUCUGAUGUUACGAUAUAUCCAUAUACGUUGCUUGUACCCAAGGGGGGACACACACAGCUUCAUCCCAAACUUAACAAGAUGGAAGAAGGCUCUGGUGGCCGCGCGGAUUCAAUGGGGAGUAUAUUUGGCGUUUGCAAAAUGGGCUCUUUUAUACAGUAUCCUUGUCUUUUUCUCAUAUUCCAUCCCAUAUACGCAUAUACGUCUUGCUUGGCCCCCCCCCCC